AUGGGUCGUAUGCAUUCAAAUGGUAAGGGUAUGUCUUCCUCAGCUACCCCAUAUUCUAGAAACGCUCCUUCUUGGUUCAAAUUGUCUUCUGACGACGUUAUUGAACAAAUCUUCAAGUACGCCAGAAAGGGUUUGACUCCAUCUCAAAUUGGUGUUAUUUUAAGAGAUGCCCAUGGUGUUACCGCCUCCAAGGUUGUCACUGGUAACAAGAUCUUGAGAAUUUUGAAGUCCAACGGUUUGGCCCCAGAAAUCCCAGAAGACUUGUACUACUUGAUCAGAAAGGCUGUUGCCAUCAGAAAGCACUUGGAAAGAAACAGAAAGGACAAGGACUCUAAGUUUAGAUUGAUUUUGAUCGAAUCUAGAAUCCACAGAUUGGCCAGAUACUACAGAACCGUCGCUGUCUUGCCUCCUAACUGGAAGUACGAAUCUGCCACCGCUUCUACUUUGGUUAACUAG